UUUCCAUUAAGCUGUAUGCUUUAAUUUAGCAGGCUGGUGUCAGUCUAGUCUGGCCCCCCCGCUUGGCCCCACAGCUUUAUGCACGUUUCCUGUGGCUUCAAUGCUUUCCUCUCUGACAUUUGCACAGAAAAUUCUCAGAACAUUUUUCCAGCCAGAGUCAAAACAGUGAGUUGUCAACUGAGAGCUCGAAGUGUGCAGGUGACGGACAUCUCGGACUGGAAGAUUCUGGCCUAUAAAUUCUGUCAGCACCAUCUCACAUAAGCCUGGAAGAACAAAUAAAGAAAUAAAUAGAAAUACAGAAAAGCUUGAAUCUGUUGAAGAAUGUGACAGAUCUGAAGAACAUCACUUCUGAUAUCAGUCAGGCUUCACUGCAGCCAUGUCGAACUCACCAGAAGGCUGUGGCCAGAUAACGGCAGACUUCCAGUUUAUCCUGUUCCCGGUUGUGUUCAUUCUGGUGUUUGUGUUUGGACUGACUGGAAAUUUGGUGGCUCUUUACGUUUUCAUUUUUAAAAUUACCAAUCACUUGUCUUCCAACACCUACAUCAUCAACCUUGCUGUUGUGGACACCAUGUUCAUCUUCACGCUGCCCUUUCGGAUUCAUUAUCACUUAAACAAGAAUAACUGGAUCUUUGAGAAUGUGACUUGUAAGAUCACGGGGACCCUCUACCACACCAACAUCUACAUAAGCAGCGCCUUUUUAACAUGCAUUUGUGUCGACCGCUACAUUGCCGUCGUCUUUCCCUACACUUACAUUAAGCUUCAGAAAGCCAGAUACAGCAUAAAAGUGAGCAUGCUGGUGUGGGCCAUUGCAGCUGGCUUCAUGCUCUCCUUGUUACUUUAUGCCCCGGAGAUCAACACACAUAACAACAUCACUAACUGCUUUGAAAACUUCACCUCUAAACAGUGGUCUCAGCAAAUGGCGGUCUAUCACAUCUGUGGUUUGCUCUUUGGCUUCCUAAUUCCUUUCACAAUCAUCAUGAUCUGCUACUCUCUAAUUGCCAGACGCAUCUCUAAAAUCCGCACCGGCAGCAGCAGAAAGGCACUUCGGAUCAUUUACAUCACCCUGAGCAUCCUAAUCCUGUGCUUCCUUCCUUAUCACAUCACUCAUCUCCUCUACUUCCUGGCAAGAGUGGGGCACAUCAAGAGCUGCUCCUGCACUGAUGUCCUUUACAAGCUGCGCAGGAUCACCAUGGCCACCGUCAGCCUCAACAGCUGCUUUGAUCCUCUCGUGUAUUAUUUUGCAACGGCCAAAUUCAGCUGGAACAUUUUCAAGAGGCUCAGGCCACCGAGGAAGAAGAGGGUGUACACGAUUUACGAAGCCGACAGCUGCAAGUGAAAUUUCAAUGCAAGCACACACAUGUACACUUACAGAAGCCAAAACCACAAAUGACAAAGGACUUGUUGUGACCACAUGGCACGUCUUCAAGUGCUGGCACAUUUUUGUGCUCCAGAUGUUCUUUUUUUUUUAUAUAAUCAAGGACAGCAUGGUGGUGUAGUGGUUAGUACCCAAGAGUCUGGGCUCAAUGCCCAGCCUUUUCACUUUCUAUGUGGGGUUUUGCCAACACUCCCUGUGUCUGUGUGGAUUUUGCUCUUAGAACAUCAAAAGGGGUAAACUGGGGACUGGUAAUGGAGGCAUCUCCAGUAGGUAUCACUGUUCUGUAAGGACAGGCACCAACUUCCGGCAUUGUGCAUGUUCUCUUAUUCACAACAACAUUUUAUAAACAUAUCAAUCGGUAUACUCAGUUUCCAGGUACUAAAUUUGUUACAAUUUGGGUAAAUGGGACAUAUGGCCUCCCAUAACAGAGACAUGCACUACAAAUGUGAUUGCCCAGUUCUAAAAAUAAAGUGACUUUGAUAUAAGCAUCACUAUUAAUAUAUCCGUGUCAUCAGGUAUGAAAAGUAUUACAUUCUCGGUAUGAUAGCUACCUGCCAUGAACCAGAAAGUUCAACCGUAAAUCAAAAAAAAAAAAGACAAUUUGACAAUGAUAUGGAGUGUAGGUGUCCUGCGGUGGGCUAGA